AUGGCUUCGAUCGUCGACCAGCAGCCCGAGUGGUCUGCCCAGCGCGUGCGCGACACCUUCCUGGACUACUUCAAGAAGAAUGGCCACACCUUCGUGCCCUCGUCCUCGGUCGUGCCGCUGUCCGACCCUACUCUGCUCUUCACCAAUGCCGGCAUGAACCAGUACAAGUCCAUCUUCUUGGGUACCGUUGAUCCCAACUCGGACUUUGCUACGCUGAAGCGUGCCGUCAACUCGCAGAAGUGCAUUCGCGCUGGUGGCAAGCACAACGAUCUGGACGAUGUCGGCAAGGACAGCUAUCACCACACCUUCUUCGAGAUGUUGGGCAACUGGAGCUUCGGCGACUACUUCAAGAAGGAGGCAAUCACAUACUCCUGGGAGCUGCUGACCAAGGUCUACGGCCUGGACCCCGACCGUCUGUACGUCACCUACUUCGAAGGCGACAAGAGCCUGGGUCUCGAGGCCGACGAGGAGGCGCGGCAAUACUGGAAGGACGUGGGCGUUGCCGAUGACCACAUCCUGAAGGGCAAUGCCAAAGACAACUUCUGGGAGAUGGGCGACCAAGGCCCUUGCGGCCCUUGCAGUGAGAUCCACUACGACAGGAUAGGCGGCGGCCGCAACGCCAGGGACCUCGUCAACAUGGACGACCCCAAUGUCCUUGAGAUCUGGAACAACGUCUUCAUCCAGUACAACCGCGAGCCUGACAGGUCGCUGAGGUCGCUGCCCAACAAGCACGUCGACACCGGUAUGGGCUUUGAGCGUCUCGUUUCCAUCCUGCAGGACAAGCCGUCCAAUUACGACACCGACGUCUUCACCCCGCUGUUCAAGACCAUCCAAGAGAUCACCGGUGUGAGGGAGUACCGGGGCAAGUUCGGCGACGAGGACCCUGAUGGGAUCGACACUGCUUACCGCGUCGUUGCUGAUCACGUUCGUCUGCUUACCUUCGCCAUCUCUGACGGCGCCAUUCCCGACGCCGUUGGCCGUGGCUACGUCGUUCGCCGUGUCCUGAGGCGAGGUGCCCGCUAUGCCCGCAAGUACCUGCACACCGACAUCGGCAACUUCUUCUCCAGGAUCGUGCCGAAGCUCGUGGAGCAGGUCGGCGGCAUGUUCCCCGAAAUCAAGAAGAGGGAGCAGGAUGUCAAGGAGAUUCUGGACGAGGAGGAGCAGGCGUUUGCGAAGAGCUUGGACCGUGGCGAGGUCAUGUUCGACAAAUACGCCAAGCAGGUCGAGCAGAGUGGAAGCAAGAAAAUCUCCGGAAAAGAUGUGUGGAGGUUGUACGAUACCUACGGUUUCCCUGAGGAUCUGACUCUCAUCAUGGCUGAGGAGAGGGGUCUCACCAUUGACGAUGCUGAGGUCAGAGAGGCGCAGGCCAUCGCAAAGGAGGCCAGCAAGGGUGCGAAGAAGGCUGGUGCCAACGUGGUCAAGCUGGAUGUGCACGCUCUCGGCCAUCUUCAGGAGUUGAAGAUUGCUCCGACGGACGACUCGUUCAAAUUCGCCAAGGACAACAUUACCGCCAAGAUCAAGGCCAUCUUCCAUCCGGAGAAGAAAUUCAUCAAGAGCACGAGCGAGGCUGGCGAGGGCGAGCAGAUCGGUCUGGUCUUGGACAAGACAAACUUCUACGCCGAGCAAGGUGGUCAGGAGUAUGACACUGGCAAGAUACUGAUUGAGGGUGCCAACGAGGCUGCCUUCGAUGUGCAGAACGUCCAGGUCUCAAACGGCUACGUUCUCCACACCGGCUUUCUCAGCUAUGGCGCUCUUUCGCUCGAAGACGAGGUCAUCUGCGAGUAUGAUGAGCUGCGCCGCAACCCGAUUCGCAACAACCACACCGGCACACACGUGCUGAACUACGCCCUCCGCGAGGUUCUUGGUUCGGACAUUGAUCAGAAGGGUUCUCUUGUCGCGCCCGAGAAGCUGCGUUUCGACUUUUCUUGGAAGAAGGGCGUCACCGAUGCCGAGAUCCAAAAGAUCGAGACCAUCUCCAACGGCUACAUUCGCGACAACCGUACCGUGUACAUCGAGCCUAUCGCUGUUGCCGAUGCGCACAAGAUCCGCGGUGUCCGCGCCGUCUUCGGCGAGAAGUACCCCGACCCCGUCCGCGUCGUCUCGAUUGGUGCCACACUCAAGGAGAUCAUGGCAGACCCCGAGAACGAGAAGUGGGAGAAGCUCAGCAUCGAGUUCUGCGGCGGCACCCACGUGGCCAGCACGGGCGAGAUCAAGGAGCUCGUCGUCAUCGAGGAGAACGGCAUCGCCAAGGGCAUCCGUCGCAUCAUCGCCGUCACCGGCCAGGGCGCGUACGACGUCCAGCGCGUCGCGGCCGACUUCUCCAAGGAGCUGGAGCGCCUCGAGAAGAUGCCGUUCGGGGCGGAGAAGGACGCGCUGCACAAGAAGACGCAGGUCGAGCUGAACGAGCUCUCGAUCGCGCUGCUCGACAAGGCCAAGUUCCGCGAGCGCUUCGACAAGGUGACCAAGGCGAUCGUGGCCGAGCAGAAGAAGCAGAGCAAGGCCGUCAGCAAGAAGGUCGUCGACGCCAUCACCGACUACUUUGCGCAGAACAAGGACGCCAAGUUCCUGGUGCAGAGGCUCGAGUACGACGCGCAGUACACCAAGGGCGCCAUCGGCGAGGCCAUCAAGCACGUCAGCAGCAAGCAGAAGGAUAAGACGGUCUACCUGAUCGCGGGUGACGUUCAGGACGGCAAGGUCGCGCACGGUUGUUACCUGGGUGAUCACUUCGAGGCACAGGGCGCUUCUGCUGCCGAGUGGUCUACUUCCGUGUCGGGAGCCGUCGGUGGUAAGGCUGGCGGCAAGGGCAAGACCUCCAUCGGUCAGGGCACCAGCCCCGAAAAGUUGGAUGAGGGCGUCGAACUCGCGAGGAAGUAUCUGGAGAAGUUCCAGAUCUGA